AUGCAGCCUGCUGAAGAAGAAUUCAAUCUAAAGAAAGCUAAAAGAAGUCAACAAAAUCAUCGUUACUACUCAAAACACAAGGAAGAUAUUUUGAAAAGACGUCGGCUGGCCCGCCUCAACUGUCAAAAUCUCAACCCUUUGCAAGCCUCAUUUACAAUGAAUACAAUAAACACACCACCAACAGUUCUACCAAAUGAAAAUAUUCAUAUACACAAUGUCAUGCCUGCUGCUGCUUCAGCCACACUCCAACAAACUUCCUUGCAUUCCAUAGAAAGCAAUAAGACAGCUCCACCACAAGAAAGCCACUCUAUCUACCACUAUGCAAUAUUGCAGAAUACAAAUCCACAACAAUCUACAAUAAAUUGUUUCUCUUCUACAGAAUACAUUGAAGCAUUAAAGAACUUCUGUGCUCGCAUUGAUUCAUUGUCAACACUUCAAAUGUGUAGCAUUUGUGAAGAAAGAUAUAUUGGGAUGGUUGUUCAAAGAUCUCACCCAACAAUUAUCUGCUCUAGAUGCUUCUCUGAAAGAGGCAUUCAUCAUUUCUCUUUAGCAAAUAACUUAGACCCAGGUGAACAACCCCUUGUCUUAAAGAAGCUUACCCAAGUAGAGGAGAUGCUUAUUGCUCACAUAUCUACUGUUUUGCAAGUCACUCAUGCAAGAGGCAGCCAAUACAAAUACUUUGGGCACACGAUAAGUUUCCCUCAAGACAUCUCUGAAAUUGCAAAAAAAUUGCCCUGCAAGUUGCAGGAUUUGGAAGUCCUCAUAAUCCAAAGAAUCAAUAUACAAGGCAAUAAGUAUGACUGUUAUGUCAAUAAAUUCCAUGUUAUGGAUGCAUUGACAUUUAAAAUCCAACAUGACCAAUACUACAAGGAUGUUAUCAUUGAUUUUGAUUCUUUCAACUUGCUACCUGAUGUUACAACAGAUGUUUCAGCUAUGUUAAAUAUGUUGCAAGGCAUUGAAAUUGAGAUAGUUGUUCCUCCAAUAGCAGAUUAUUCCAAUGCUAUAGAUCCAUUUGCCACAGAAAAUUCAUCAUCCUUCAUCCCAACUAUGCUUGGUACAACUCAUGAGUUGGAGGCCAUUAAAGACACGUUGCAACUACAUACUGCUGAAAAGAAUUUAUUACCUUGGCCUCAAAUAAGCUCCUCCCCAAUAAAUGAAAAUAACACUAAAGGUUUGUUGCCUAUGGCAUUUCCAACACUCUUUCCAACUGGUGUUGCCCUCCCACUCCAAACACAUCCCAAACAUGUUCAUUUGCACAAGUAUGCACUACACUUGAUUAGAUACUAUGACCAAAUGUUUGGUCAGCAUGUCAGGUUCUGGUAUUUCAUUUAUAAUCUCAUUAUGUGCCAUCGUUCACAGCAAUCUGCAGCUGUCUUUAUUAGAACUAAUAUAGAAGAGGCCUUCCCAAGCAAUUUGCAGGCAUUACGUGAACGUUUGCAGAGCACACCUGAUGACCACUUGCCCAAACAGCUGCUCCGCUUUGGCGCAACUCUUAGAGGCACUAGAGCAUAUUGGAAUAAAUCUAGAAAAGAGUUCACAGCUAUGAUCUCCCAAUUGGGUACCCCAACCCUCUUUUUCACAUUGAGCUUAGUAGAUACUAAAUGGCCUGACUUGCAUACCAUUUUCAAUGAAGAUAAAGCCCAACAAAUAGUAGAAAAUGUAAUUCGCAAUCCACACAUAACAACCUUGUACUUACACAACAGGUUUACAAUAUUUCACGAAGAAAUUAUUCAAAAAUUAUUCAAAGCAAAAGACCUCUGGUAUAGAUAUGAAUGGCAACAUCGUGGCUCAACGCAUAUUCAUGGAUUCCUAUGGCUCCCUGGUGCACCAAACAUGGACAUCAUUGAUUGGCACAAUGACAAUGAAGUCCAUAUGGCUAAAAGAUUCUUUGACACAUACGUUUCUGCUUGGAACCCUCGUACCAAAGCUGACCGAAAUAAUACAGUUUCCUACGCUGCAAUAGAUGAUCCAUGCUUGGCUGAUACAGCAAAGAUAUUCUCAAUGUCCCCAACAACCGAUUAUGAAGCACUGGUAAAUACUUUGGAGAGACACACAAAAUGCACACAAAAUACAUGUCUCAGGAAAAAAGGCAAUUUAUUCAAAUGUCGUUACAAGGCUCCAUGGCCUGAACAACAAACAUCUACGUUGACAAUUGAUACUAACAAUAAACCAUGUUAUACACCUACAAGGAAUGAUGACCACUUGAAUAUUCAUAGCCCUUGCAUGCUUUCAAUAUGGCGGGCUAACAUUGAUUGCCAGUCUGUUACUUCAAGAAAAGCAGUCUUACAAUACAUUUCAAAGUACGCUUCAAAAUCUGAAAAAUGA